GGCAGCGGAUUGGGUGGGCGGAAAGGGCGUGGCGCAGUAGGCCGCGGUCUGCGCCGUCGCUACUGCCUGCCAUGUCCUCGGCGAUCCGGGAGGCGAACGCGCACUUGGCGGCGCUGCACGGGCGGGUGGCGGAGCUGGAGCGGCGGCUGGCGGCGGCCGAGGAGACCGUGCGGGAACAGGCCCAGAGCCUCAUCCGGAAGGACGGACAGCUGCGCCGCGCCCUCAACGAGCUCCGCCAAGGGAAGGACAGCGAAAUCUCGGCCCUGGAGGAGAGGCUGCGUGUCUCGGAGGGGGAGUCCCAGCGGCUGUGGGGUCUCCUCCAGGAGAAGGACCUGCUUGUGGCCCAGCUCCGCCACCGCAGCCGCUUGCUGAGCAAGAUCUGCCGCAGCCGCCCAGUGCUGGACAACCUCCUGGCCUACAUGGCUGAAGGGGAACGCCUCAGUCCCGUCCACAGUGGUCGCACCUCCCCCGACCCCCUCCCCGCCGCCCUGGAUUUGAACUGCGUCCCGGACCUCGAUUCCGAUGGCGGGAAAGACUUUUCUCUCACCACGGUGGACAACGACGAUGACAACAGGGAUUCCGACCAGACUUUGUUUGGCACAACCGUGUGAAAUGCUUCUCUGGAGAUCUUUAUAUAUUCCCUGCAUUCCAUCAGCCCCGCACCCCACUUUUCUAGGACAAGUCCUGGUAUUAUCUAUUACAGGGAAUGUGGAUAUAUUAGGAAGGGGUUGCUCUCCCAUCUGGGGAAAAGGGAUUUGAAGGGAGCGGAAAUCCCAUUACAGACAAGGGAGAUUUUGUAGGUUUGUUCUUCAGUUGAAUUCGUAUGUAAGUCGGAAGAGGGACAUUGCUUAAGUAUAACUCCAGCCAUACACACACACACAUAUAUAUACACACACACAUGCUUUGGAGACCGUAGGGGUAAACACCACUGUGGGGUUUGUUUUGCUGUUGAGAUAUAUAGAUAGAUAAGCUUCGGACAGCAUAGGGAAGGGUUUAUGUUGUCUGUCAGGAUUGGCAUUAAGAAAGGGGCAACAAUCCUUGUGGAGAAGGCAGAUAUGUUUAAUCUUCAUAAGGUUAAUGGGAGCUUCCGUUGUUUUGGUUUUCUGUCGUGUCAGGAGCGACUUGAGAAACUGCAAGUCACUUCUGGUGUGAGAGAAUUGGCUGUCUGCAAGGAUGUUGCCCAGGGGAUGCCCAGAUGAUUUGAUGUUUUUAUCAUCCUUGUGGGAGGCUUCUCUCAUGUCCGUUGUCAGCUUCCGUUGUGCAAACAAGGAUGGGUGCUAAACUUUCAUUGGGGACCCACUUUUCUCCCUAAUAAUAACUCUUCCAGGAGAGGAUUUCCCUUCCUAGAGGUAGAUUUCUUUUACUUCUUGGUGUCCGCCCCGUUGUUCUUAACAGAAAUGUUUGUAACUCGGAGGCGGCCUGUACAUACAUCUUGAACCUGCGGCCCUCCAGCUGUUUGGACCUCUUAAUUUCCAGAAGCCCCUAUUGCCAGAUUCCUUCUCCCUCCAAAUCCCUUUGGAAAAGCAGCCUAUUCCACAAUAUGUUGGUCUUGAUCUUUCCUCAAAGCGGCAGAAUGAGCAUAAAUUUAGUGCAAAUGUCAGGGACAAAUUUGGAAUAGGUCAGUUGGUGUUCUGGUGUGGUUUACCGGGCUCUACAACCAAUGUGCUCUAGCAAUGUCUCCGAUUUCCUCUGUUUUGCCUGCAUUUGUGUUUACUGGCAUCUUCGGAGGAUCUUUUGCUUUCCCUCCAUUUCUUGGGUCUCUCUGUCCCCCAGGUUUGGUGGGAGAUGAGUGUUCAAAUUGAGAGGAUCCGUUGAUCUGUUCUCCCCAUCUUGCAAAAAAUAUGAUAUGUUGGAGUUUUGUUACUAAAUUAAAUCUACACAGGAGUCUAUUGUAUCAACGGGAGUGUGAAGAAGGAUGGUAUUAUAAUACAUAUUCUCUAACAUAUAAAGGAA